AUGGGAAAAGCCCUGUACCAGGAGCUAAAAAAAAUCGUUUCGACAAUUUCGUCAAUCCCAUCGUGCAAACUCAUCAAGGAAACUUGUGAAAGGAAGUUUGCCAUGCACUUUGACUACUGCACUACUGCAAACCUUGAUUUCAUCUCUUUAGAUGAGAUGACAUUUAGGAAUAUUAUUCAGCAUCCAGAUCUAACAGUAACAUCUGAAGAAAGAGUUCUCGAUGCAAUUUUGAUGUGGUAUAUGAAAUCAGAGAAAUUAUGUGGGUGGGAAGUGGUGAAUGAGCUUAUUACAGAUUCAACUUUAGAAAGUGUGUUCAAGGAUGGGCUUCAACUGGUUAAUGACUUGCUUCUAUCAGUGCGGUUCCCUUUAUUGCCAUACUCCCUGCUUAAGAAGUUAGAUAAUACCAGUAUUAGCAGGCAGAUUUCUGCUUUUGGUGAUCUUGUUAAGGAAGCCAUUAAUUAUAUAGAAUGCGGAGCAGCAACACAUGGAAAUGACCGGAAUCUGUAUUUUGUGAAGUGUAAGGUUUCAACACAGACGUUCCAGUAUAUAUGCAACGGAGACAGCAACGGAGUUCUGUACUUAUCUGGGACAUCAUAUGGGGAGCACCCAUGGGUUAACCCUGUUCUGUCCAAGAGAAUUGCUAUUACACCUAGUGGCCCUGUUUCAAGUCAUACUGAUCCCAAGGUUUUAGUAUCAAGAACUUACCAGGGAACAUGUUUCGCCGGACCUCGUAUGGAAAACGGAAACAUCUUUGCAUGGUGGAUACUUGACAUUGGCCAAGAUCAUCAGCUUAUGUGCAACUACUACACAUUGAGACAGGACGGCUCUAGGGCUUACAUAAGGAAUUGGAAAUUUCAGGGUUGUAUGGAUGGAAGGAGUUGGAUAGAUUUGAGAGUGCACGAGAAUGAUCAAAGCGUGUGCAAGCCCGGUCAGUUUGCAUCAUGGCGUGUAACUGGACCAAAUGCGCUGCUUCCAUUUAGAUUCUUCAGGGUUCUACUCACUGGGCCAACCACUCAUGCCUCGAACCCCUGGAGCUUAUGCAUUUGCUUUCUGGAGCUGUACGGUUACUUCCACUGAAUUGACUUAAUUAUGGGCAUCUAUUUAACAAUGUUCCCAUCGGUUCAAGUAUCUCUUUUUGUUUAACCUAGAACCAUGUACAGUUCUACCAAUAAGAUUUAUAUAGUUUACAUUGA